AUGGCGGCUUAUGGUGCAGCGACUUCUCUCAAGAAUACGAUUCAGCGUAUUCUACAAUCCUCUCGCAUUUCUCUCGUUUCCCACUCUCCACUAAUCUUACUACCUGCCUACCUCGAGAUGAAUCACUUGCAGAGAAUUCUGCUAUUAUUGGACGAGACCAGCUGCAGCAAGAUCAGGACGAAGGUGAAUGCUUUGGAUGAACUCAUAAAAGAGGCAGUCUGGGAAUUCGAAGAUUUACUCGAAUCCCAUGUCUUACAUCAGAUUCUUCCACAACUCGAAAGCGAGAGAGACAACUUGUCAUUCUCUGUAGAUCUGCAGAGUCUGCAACACCGUGUUGAUUGCUUUGUCCAGAUGGUGAAGAUGAUGGAGGAGGAAUACUUCAUUGAAAUGGGGAAUAUGGCUGAAGAAGAAGGCGAGCCUAUUUCCUCAAGAAUCGAUUUUGGUGGAAUCAAGUCCAAGAUGGUUGGAUUAUCUCAUGAAUUUCAAGAAGCCACAGAUGUUCUUCUUGAAGGUAAAGAUUAUUCUAUUAUUGGGAUGGCGGGCAUUGGAAAGACGACUCUUGCUAAACAUAUUUUUGAAGAUCCAUCAAUUCGGGGCCAGUUUGAGUUUCGAGCAUGGGUCAGAGUGGGCAGAAAAUGCGAACCCAAUGAAUUGUUACGAUGCAUUCUAGCUCAAGUGGAUCCCAACGCUUACCAAAUGCUUACCCAAGGAGAUGAUGAUGAUGAGGAGGAAUUAGAUGGACUAUUGAAAGAAAAAUUGAAGCAUAAGAAAUGUCUCAUCGUGUUGGAUGAUGUUUGGGAGGGACAAGCAACAGAUCGCUUGCCAAGCUGCUUACGAGAAAAGCAAAUUGGUGGAAGUGUUCAAUUCUUACUUACAAGUAGGAAACAAAUAGUAUUCGAGGAGGGUGGAUUCCGAAGAAUGCGCUUGUUGAAUGCACAAGAAAGUAAGGAAUUACUUGGUGAGAAGGUGUUUGGUGAAGAGGGUUUCCCUAUUCAACUUGAGGAAUUGGGAGAGAAGAUUGCGCGGAAAUGUGAAGGUCUUCCUCUUAUGAUAGUCAUGGUUGCAGAGCUUCUAUCAAAAGCCAACAAGACCCCAAAAUUCUGGAUUGAGGUACUCGUCAAACAAUAUAGUUCAGUCUUUGUGGAUGCAUAUAAUCAAAUAUCAGAGUCCAAUCCUGCUCAAUAG